AAACCAAAAUUAUGAAUUUUUUCACUGACUUUAUUUCCGUUCACCGGUGUGUAUCCCCACCAAGAUUCCUGUUCUAGUAUAAUACAGAACACUUUUGUUUUAGAGACUUCAUACUUUCAUCAAAACAUUCCAUAAUUUUAUGCAGGGAUAUUUUAUGUUUCAAAAAUUAAUUGGAUUAUGGAAAAGCUAAUUAUUUUUGUAAAUUUCUUCAUAUUCUGGAUUACUUUUGAAAAAUAAUAUGAUAACGAAAAAGUUGUAAACGAUCCUUUGACGAUUAACUCAAAGCCGACUAGUAAACGAAAUUUACGAUAAGUGAAAAUAAUAUAUAAACUAAGCGUAAGUUUGAUCGUCAGUACAAAUAAGUGUACUCGGAAACAGUUUGCUGUUUAAGAAAUAUACUUUUAGUAUCUCUCCAGGGUGUUUUUGUCUCCUGAUUGCGUGGAUGAUCUAACUUGAUCGAAGUUUUUCUACAGACAGUAUUUACUACAUGUAUGAUACCCUAUGUAAAAGAACAGUUGCAGGUAAAUAUGUAUCUACAAUUUCAUUUCGCUGUUGUAUAUCUAAGCAACUGAGCCAACGAGAGAUCUUCUACACAGGUGUUGGGCUGCUAGACGUAGUAAAUUUCACAUCCUACCGAUUUAAAACAGGAAGGACACAUAGGCCAGUGUAGUGUUAAAUGUUUUUUUAAAAAAAGGGGAUGAUCAAGGUUAGACUGCUUUCAGUCUCCGAUCAUAGGUUUGAUUGUUCCUUAUAGACAAUUGCCCGAGUUGGACAACACUGAUUACAAACGAGGCAAUUCUACAUGGUCACUCGGCUUGCUAGAAAACACAGUCAAAUCUCCUGUAAACGUUUACUAUCUCAGAAAAAGCAACAUUGUUCGGUGUACAAUCCCAGACAAAAAAGAAGAAAAAAAGACGAUAUAGUAAUGGCUGGAAUGGCAAAGAAAUCAUAGAGUUUUUAAGAGUUUAUAUAUAGCCCAAACUAAUUUUUUUGGAAGAAAGUACUAAAUAUGGCUGCAAGGAUUGUCAUUGCUGCAAGAAUAACAGAUCAUAUUAAACUUACCCUAAAAAAACUUAUCAGACAUAGAAACUUAGAAAUGAUGGUCUUUCAAAGGAUUCUUGGACCCUUGUGUUCUGUUGAACAAAUUCCUACAGAAUUUCGUGAAAAUUUUAUUCUCACUGGAUAUCGUUACCCAGAGUGCACUAUAUUUCAGUGUGUUUGCAGUAUAUUCACUGCAACUAAUGAAACUUUUAAUUUUUGGACUCAUUUCUUGCCAGCUUUAUAUUUUCUGUACACAAUUUGUCAAACAUACAGCAAAGAUUUUCUACAAAGUAGUUAUAACUCUCCUCUGAUUGCUUACCUUGUGACAUGUAUUCUCUUUCCUUUUGCUAGUUCAAUGGCUCAUAUGUUUCUUUCUUUAUCUAAUAAUGCUCGGCACAUCUGUUUUUUUAUAGAUUAUGGUGCUGUAAGUCUUUAUAGCUUUGGAAGUUCCAUCGCUUAUCGUGCUUAUGCAUUUCCUGAAGUACUUGAGUACACUUGGUUUGGAAAAUGGUACCUACCUAUUGCAUUUUUUAGUGCUUUGCUGUCAACUCUUUUCUCUUGCCAAUCGCGAUUUAGUGGGAAGUAUGAACAAAUUUUUCGGAUUGGAGUAUUUUCAUGGCCUUAUUUUUUUGACAAUAUACCUAUUUUUAUUUUAUUUACUCCACUUGAAGAACGUUUUUAUUCCAAAUUCUAUCACACAAAGCAAUUUUUGUACUGUUUUAUGGCAGUAUUAAUGUAUGUUUCACAUUUCCCAGAGCGUUUUAAACCUGGAUAUUUUGAUAUUGUUUUACAUAGUCAUCAGCUUUUUCAUAUUUUUGGAAUAAUUAGCACAUUUUAUCAGAUGAGAGGAAUUCAGAUUGACAUGGCUACUCGAAAAAAUACCAUUACAAAGCAAUGGUUCUAUAACUAUUUCCACUAUAGCAUUAGUAUUGUACUUGUGCAACUUUUACUAAUUGCAUUAAUUAUACUUUUAUAUACAUGUAUUUUAAACCAUAAGAAAGCAAUUAAAAAGAAAGAAUAAAAAAACAGUAGGUAUCUUGUUAAUAUACUUAUACUGCAUAGUUAAUCAAAUCAUAUUUCCAUAGUAUUCCUGAUUCAUAUCCUAAUUCACCAUAAAAUUAGAUAACCAACCUGUAUCAAAUUGCUUAAUUAUUAGGAAUAUGACAGAUAAAUUGCAAUCAUUUUACUUUAAACAUUACUUAUAAAACUCUUAUAUUUAUGGAUUUUAUAUUUUGAUCUUUAAAAAUAAGUUUAAAAAGAGAAAAAACUGAUUUCUAAUAUAACAGAUACCAUAAUGUGAUGAUAUGCCUUGGAAAUUUGGUCUUCAUUCACAGUAGAAACCAUCAUUUUUAAUUUCUUAACACUUUGGGAACAAAAUAAAGAAUACAAAAUCCUAUUUACACAUACUUUAUAGCACAAAGCCCUAAAAUUCAUCAAGGUAGUGCCCCAGCAUGACCACGGUCUAAUGACUGAAACAAGUGAAAGAAGAUAGAAAGAUUAUUGUGUAUGAACUGGAUACUAUAAUAUAUUGGUAAUUUUUUAAUGAGAAUAUGUUCAUUGAAGUAUUGAAGUUAUCUUUGAUAAAAAUAUAUCACAUCUUUCUAGUUUCUUACUCUAAAACAUAUUCAAUUUCUUGUAAUAAAAAAAAAAACAAUUGUAACUGUAGUCUGAUGCUGAUUCUUGCUUGAAGCAAUUUCACUUUUUUGGUGCUAAAAUUUUGGGAAAGGACCUACCAUAACAUCACCUCUAUAUUCCCCUCCUUUUAGUUUCAAGGUGCCAUGUAAAAUUAAGAAAUUAUUAUUAUUAUUAUUAUUAUUAUUAUUAUUAAUGAGGCGGUGAGCUGGCAGAGUCAUUACCACACUAGAAAAGAAUGCUUAGCUGCAUUUCUUCCAACCUUACAUUCUGAAUUCAAAUGCCACUGGGGUUGACAUUGCCUUUCAUUCUUUCAGGGUCAUUUGAGCACUAGGUCAAUGUAAUCAACUAGUCCUCUCCCCCAAAAUUACUGGCCUUGUGUCAAAAUUUGAAACCAUUAUUAUUAUUGUUUGGGUUGUUAUCUUUAUUAUUGUUAUCAUUAUUAUUAUUAAUUCCACCAAAAUCAACUUUGCCUUUCAUCUUUUCAGGCUCAAUAAAAUAAGUAUCAGUUAGCCACAGGUUGAUGUAAUCGACUUACUCUAUUCCCUGGACUUGCUGGCUUUAUGCCAAAAUUUGAAAUUAUUAUUAUUACUAUUAUUUAAGGUGGCGAGCUGGCAAAAUUGUUAGUACACUGGACAAAAUGCUUUGCGGUAGUUCACCUGUUGCUAUGUUCUGAAUUCUAAUUCCGCCAAGGUUGACUUUGCCUUUCAUCCUUUCAGGGUCCAUAAAUUAAGUACCACUGAAACACUAGGGUCAAUGUCAUCAACUAGUCCCCUCCCCGCAAAUUUCAGGCCUUGUGUAGAAAGAAUCAUUAUUAUUAUUAUUAUCUUUUUUUUAAUCUAAUAAUAAAAUUACCUAUCAAUGAUUUCAUAUAAUUCCCACGGGUCUUUGAAACUGGAGUGAAAGUUAUUUGGAAAUGAUGAUAUUUUCAAAUUAUAUCUGAAUUUUAUAUGUUUAGAUUAUUAAACUUUCCCUAUUCAUUUUUACUAUUAAUGGACACAUUCUCCUGAUGAAAUAGAUAUGUAAGAUGUUUAUAUAUUCAAUUGAAAUUGUUUCUUAAUUAUAUUUUACUUACUGGAAACAAAUGUGACACAUCAUUAUGUUUUAAUAUUAUUCUCCUUCAAGAAGGUGGUGAACUGGCAGAAUUAUUAGCAUGCUGGGUAAAAUGCUUAAAUGGCAUUUCAUCUGUCAUUAUGUUCUGAGUUUAAAUUCUGCCAAGGUUGAUUUUGCCUUUCAUCCUUUAGGUGUUGGUAAAUUAAGUACCAGUUGAGUACUGAGGUCAAUGUAAUUGACUUAUCCUCUCUCUUUAAAUUGCUGGCCUUGUGCCAAAAUUUGAAAAUAAUAUUAUUCUCCUUCAAAGUAGGAGAGUAGCCAAGAUAGUAAAAUACUUUUAAGCUUUCUAUUUUGUUCCAUCCCUCUACAAAAUAGGUUCAAAUCUUGCUUAAGUUGAUUAUUUUUUUCUUCUGUACGUCCAAGUAAAUAAAAUACACAUUGUGUUUGAUUUAACCAUACAAAUUUGUAGUUUCAGCUAUCGUAAGAAAUCACCAUUUAUUCCUUUGAAAUUAUCUAUCAGAUAUAGAGCUCACUAUCUUUAAGAUUUACCAAGUUUUUCAUAUUGUUUUCUUGUAUAUCAUUAUUUUGUUCAUAUAUAUUUUUAUGAAAUAAAUUUAUGGUGAGUUUAUAGCAUUUUUGGGUCUAUAUGCCCAUCUUGGAUGUGUUGUUGAUAUGUUCAAUCAACAUGGACCUGACAUAAAAAAAAAAAAAGGAGAAUUAAAUCUCAUGUUUAAAAUAUUAAAAUGCAACACUAUUGUCAUUUGGCGCAGCAGGCUCGUGGUGAGUUGGUAGAAUAAAUAUGCCAAGCCCAAUCCAAAGCCUAGUUCAGAAAUAUCUCUUAAAGAUGCUUAGAGAGAAUGCUGAUCAAAAUAUGUCAACAAUACGUCCAAGAUGAGAAUAUAAUGUGAUAUCAGUAUUUGGUUGAAUUAUAAUAUGAUUAACUUAACACUUUUGUCAUGAGAAUCAUUGUAACAGAAAGUGUAGCUGUAUGGUUAUAAAGUUCCAGGUUCACUCCCACUGUGUGACACUUUGAGAAAGCAUUUACCAUAAACUCUUGUCAAACAAUGUCUAUGGAUGAUAUUUGGUAAAUAGAUAUUGUUUGGAAGCCUGUUUGAUGUGGGGUAUGUAUAUUGACAAGAGAUGGCAAAAUCAAUAGUAGACUAUCUCAUUUAUCUGUAUCCCAUUAUGUCAUGGUAACAUCUCAUUAAUGUCCAGGUCUAUAAAGUAUCUGGCAAUCAAAAGUAUAAACAACAAUUUUUAAGGGCAUACUUUAACAUAGUAGCUCUUUAAUAAAACAAUUAAAGAAUGAUAGUUUUCCAAAAUUCAAUAAUUCAAAUUUGUAUUUUCAUCUUUAGAGAUAUUUUUUUAAUUUCAAAAUAUAUUGUAUUUUUAAAUCUAAAUGUAAUCUUCAACACAAGAUUAAUUUUUACUGGAGACGAUUUAUUUUUUAAUCUUUUUAUAUCACAUAUGUUUUUGAUGUUGUAUUUUUCAUUACCGUCAUUCAUUCUAACAGUUAUUGCUUUUAUGAAAAUUAAUAAAACUGACUUUCAUUCCAUUAUUUCCUUUGAGCUGUUUGAAAAAUAAACUUUUGUUGAUAUCAACCAUA